UCUACUAUUGUUAUUACAAAGACUGUCGGGUUUCUAUCACUGGUCUCAGUGGUCGAAUUUCAUCGCAUCAGACAGCCAAAAACGAUAUGGAUCCACACUCUCAAUAUUGUUCGUGGCUUAUUACUACAGCAAAAACAUUUGUCGUUUCCAUGAAAUUCUCGAAAUUAAAUAUCCCACAGUGCAACGAUACAUUUCUCAAUAUUUACAAUGGCCCAAAUGAUACCUCUCCUCUACUUGGUAAAUAUUGUGGAGAAAAUGCAACUGCAGGAAUGGAAAUACGUUCUUCAACAAACCAUUUGUUUAUUGUGGGUAACUCUGGUAGCUAUGGCUCCCAUCCAAAAAGUCUGUUUGCCUUUCAAGCAUAUUACAAAGCUCAGCUUUUAGGCUGUACUCGCACAUACACUGCUCAAAGUGGCUCAAUAUCUUCACACGAUAUAACCCAAAACGAAACUGAUCUAAACUUUCAAUAUUGUUCAUGGCUGAUUAUUGUAGAAAAAGCAUUUGUCAUCUCAUUGAAAUUUUCUAUAUUACAUAUCCCACAAUGCAACGAUGCAUUUCUUUCUAUUUACAAUGGUCCAAAUGAUGCCCCUCUACUUGGCAAAUAUUGUGGAGAAAAUGCAAGUGCAGGCAUGGAAAUAAGUUCUUCAACAAACUAUUUGUUGAUCGUGGGAAACUAUGGUGGCAAUGGAUCUUAUCCAAGAAAUGUGUUUAGAUUUCAAGCACAUUAUAUUGCUCAUUAUUUGUCUAAAGAAAAUGAAUGGCCAACUGGCAACUUUGGUCUACCGAAAGCUAUAACAGGAUGUCCUGGUGAUGCGAAAAGUGGAUGGCGUGAGGGAUGGAGGUUUCAAGAUAUGGAAGAUGAGGAAUUACGUUCAAUAGCGUCACCUGAAAAUCACAUGGCUGUUACCUUUCCAAUUAGAAAUGAAAGAUUUGAUAUCAAUCGAACAUUUUGUAUGUUGAAUCAAAUGAACAAAGAAACAAGACCUUGGCCUAAAGAUAAAUCAGACAGUUCAGGUCGCACCAAAUUAUACUAUUGUUACUAUGUAGAUUGUCGUGAUUUAGUUAGUGGUCCCAAUGGUUCUAUAUCUUCCCACAACAUUGCACAAAACGAUGUGGGUCCGCACUCUCAAUAUUGUUCAUGGCUAAUUACUGUAGCAGAAACGUUUGUUAUCUCAUUGAAAUUCUCGAUACUGAAUAUCCCACAGUGCAACGAUACAUACCUCAAUAUUUACAAUGGUCCAAAUGAUACCUCUCCAUUACUUGGUAAAUAUUGUGGAGAAAACGCAACUGCAGGAAUGGAAAUACGUACUUUAACAAGCCAUUUGUUUAUCGUGGGUAACUCUGGUAGCUAUGGGUCAAAUCCAAAAAUUGUGUUUGCCUUUCGUGGGCAAUACAGUGCUCAACGUUUUUUUGAAGACUGCCAUCAUGACGUCAUUGUUAAUUCUGGAACCAUAAAAUCACCAGUUGACAGUCCUGUUGGUUAUCCUCGUCGCUCUAAUUGUUCUUGGUUAAUAACUGUUGAUUUAGAUGAUAUAAUUAUUUUGAAUAUUAAUACCUUAAAUAUUGGAAAUGACGUUCUCACUAUUUACGAUGGAAUGAACUCCAGUGCGCAUGUCCUGGGAAGAUUUUUUCGUCACAGCAACAAUAUCGAUAACAACACUACAUUGUUGUCAUCGACCAAUAAUAUUUAUAUUUUAUUACAAUAUGAGAAAUUUUCAAAUUUGAAAGAAUCAGGUUUUGUUUUGGAGUACAAGAAUCAACAAGUACCAACAGAACCACUACCGUCACCAAAAUCUUCAUCUGAUGAGUCAACUAUUGUCGGUGUUAUUGCUGGAGUAUCUGUGGUUGUUGUGUUUGUUAUUAUUAUUGUUGUUGUUGUUUGCUUCCGUAAAUCAAAACAAAAGAAAGAAAAUCAUUUGCCGCAAAUUCAGCUAAAGAAUAAAGUACAAGAUGACGAUGGAAACCACAUAUACGAAGCACCACCCGAUCUAAUCGGCAACACUCCCAACGGUACUCCAGACUCAAGUGAACAGAAGCGUUAUCGAACCAUUAAUAAAGUUAACGUUCCUCUUCCCGAGCUUCCGUCACAGAAUGAAGACAAUGAAGGUAAAUCAGAUAAAUUGGACUACGUUGCAGUGAUUGAACCACAUUAUCAGCCAUUGAUUCAUCAAAAAAAGCACGUUCCCCCUGAAAAUUACGACAAGCACACGUUACAAAGUAGUAGGUUUAAAAAAAGUAAUGAUGGUUUUAAUCUGCAAGAGAAGUCAACUACCACGGAAUGAACAUUGUGUUGACGAUUUUGAAAAAGUCAUUCAGUGUAUUCACUCGAUGAAAUAUGAGGGAUGAGAAGGUAAAAGUCAUGUAAUAGUAACGUAUAGUAAGCACGUUCAAACAUAUUCAUAUGCGUAAAGAACAGAUCAGAAUGAUGUUUAUAUAUGUCGAGAGAAUAUUUCUUUCAUAAUAUUGGCUUAUUCUUAUGUAACAUAAUUAUUAAGGGUUGUAAUCCAAACACGGUUUACAAGAACGUUUAUUUAAAAAAUAAAAGAUGUUUGCUGUGUUUUUACCGGCUUAUGCAAACCGAGGAGACCUUUGGGAACUCGAGACUAACAAACUUUUCCAAAGUUUGCAUAAACUAGUGC